AUGGCAGAAUUUGGAAAAAUACUGCAAAGUGUUGGAGAGUUUGGAUUGUUUCAGAAAGUGUGCCUCUUUGCCCUGUGUUUUCCAAAUAUUAUCCUACCUUUUCACUUCGCGUCUGUGGUUUUUGUUGAAUCUGACCCUGAGAGACACUGCAACACAAACUGGAUACUGGGAGCUGAGCCAAACUUGACCUUUGAGGAGCAGCUUAACCUCACUCUGCCACGUGAAGAGGAUGGAACCUUCAGUCGGUGUUUGAUGUUUACCCCUGUGGACAGAGACAUUGAAAGCAUCAGGACCUACGGGCUGAACGAGACUGCUGUGUGGCUAAGUCAUGAUUUCCGCCUGUAUCUGGUGUCCCAGUUUAUUGUAGGAGUCGGCUAUGGAGGGUUUCGGAUGAAUGCCAUAAUACUAGCCACAGAGUGGAUUGGCAUCUCCAAAAGGUCCUGGGGUGCCUGUUUGUCUCAGGUUUUCUUUGCCUUGGGUCUGUGUGUCCUGGCUGGACUGAUCUAUUUCAUCAGAGACUGGAGACUGGCUCAGCUCAUCACUGCCGCUCCUCUGGGAAUUGUGUCAGUUUACAUUUGGUACAUUCCAGAGUCAGCCCGGUGGUUGCUGGACAGUGGACGGGUCAAAGAGGCUCAUGAGGUGUUAACAAAAGCAGCAGCCAUCAACAAAGAUUCCUGCACACCUGCUGUGUAUCUGGCUGCUGGAGGCUUUGGGGAGAAGAGUGUGCCUCAUAACCACACUGAUGGGAGGAGGUCUCACGAGUCUGCUCAUCAUCGCAGUGGGUCAAGACAGACUGCAUCUGGUCUGGGCAACAUUGCAAGUCGUGCCGGAGGCCUGCUCUCUCCAGUGGUCAACAUGCUGGUCACGUACCACUGGUUCGUUCCCAUUGCAGUUUACAGUUCCUUCAUGAUUGUGAGUGGAGCUCUGGGGUUUCUGCUGCCGGAGACCAGAAAAAGAGAGUUGCCAGACUCCACUGCUGAUGUGGGGCAAAGGUGA